CCACCGUUACCGUUCCAUGGUAUUCAUUAAUUACUAUAUUUAAUUUUUAACAUUCUCUAAAAGUAAGGUCCUACCUCACUCUUCAAAACGUCCUUAUCCAGAACUAAAGAGCUGCUCAAAAACGCAAUUUGUCAUUUGAUUUCUCUGUUGCAGCCUCUUCUCCUCUACAAUUCUUGUGUUUUACAUCUCAAAACUGAAAACUUUGCAUAAGGGAGAGAAAAAGAAAAGAAAUGGGGAGGAUGGAGUACUUGAAAAUGAGUACUGAUCAAGUACCGGCCGAUUUGAUCAAGUCUGAUCUCAACGAGCUCAAGGUUGCUGCCAAGCGACUCAUCAAUGAUGCCACUAGGCUUGGCGGCCUUGGCUUUGGUACUUCUUUUCUCAAAUGGGUUGCUUCUUUUGCUGCCAUAUAUUUGCUGAUAUUGGAUCGGACAAACUGGAGAACAAACAUGCUGACUUCUCUCUUAGUCCCUUACAUUUUCUUUAGUCUUCCUUCAGUAAUAUUCAAUUUCUUAAGAGGUGAGGUCGGAAAAUGGAUUGCUUUCAUUGCAGUGGUGCUUAGGCUUUUCUUUCCUCGACACUUCCCAGAUUGGCUGGAGAUGCCAGGAUCAUUGAUACUUCUUCUGGUUGUGGCUCCCAGUUUCUUCGCGCACACCUUGAAGGACAGCUGGGUUGGUGUCUUGAUAUGCCUCUUGAUUGGUUGUUACCUACUGCAAGAGCACAUCAGGGCAUCUGGUGGAUUCAGAAACUCCUUCACACAAUCCCAUGGAAUAUCAAACACUGUUGGCAUUAUCUUGCUGUUGGUUUACCCAGUAUGGGCACUGGUACUCCACUUCAUCUAGGCGAUUAUAAUAGCCCAAUGAAUUGGACUAGUCAACUGGAACUUGAGCAAUCAUUUUCAUGUCUUAUGCUUAAAUCUAUUUCUAAGAUUUGAAAUCUUAUUCCUCA